UUUACAUGGUAGUUCCAACUUCCAUCCAUACCACAUUCUUCAAUCAAGCACCAAAAAGAACCACUCAAACUGAAGUUGACUAAAUGACAUUACACCUUGUAAAAGGACUACGCACGUAAUUUAUCUUUGUCUAUAUAUAUGUGUACGAUCAAGAUGAUUUUGCUUCUUAGUUCAAUAGCAAAAACUCCCAAAAAAAAGGAGAGAAGGAUGAAAGAAAAAAUACUAUGAACACACAAGUGACAGUGUCUAUGUUAGUGGUCUAGGACAAUUGAGGAGACACAAGCACCAUCCUUCUAAAAUCGGCUCACAAGAGAUCACCAAUAAUGCCAAGGUGCAACUGUUUUCCUAAUGCAUCUUUGGGGUUGGAGUCAGGCUCGGUUAUCGCUUGCUUCUCUGACUUCAAAGGCCCUCAUGUCACGCUCAUCCAAAAGCUUAUUGCAGAGUUUGUAGGAACCUUCAUCCUAAUAUUUUCAGCAACAGCGGGUCCAAUUGUAAAUGAGAAGUACAAUGGUGUAGAAUCAUUGAUUGGGAACGCAGCUUGUGCAGGACUUGCAGUGAUGAUCAUAAUCCUAUCGAUAGGCCACAUUUCAGGGGCUCACUUGAACCCUUCACUCACCAUUGCUUUUGCAGCUCUGCGCCAUUUUCCAUGGAUUCAAGUUCCGGCUUAUAUUGCAGCUCAAGUUUUAGCUUCAAUCUUAGCAUCUUUCACCCUCAAGCUUGUUUUCCACCCUUUCAUGUCAGGUGGAGUUACAGUUCCUUCAGUUAAUUUGAAACAAGCAUUCACCCUUGAGUUCUUGAUUACCUUCAAUCUCAUGUUUGUUGUCACUGCUGUUGCUACUGAUACUCGAGCGGUUGGUGAAUUAGCGGGUAUUGCAGUUGGAGCCACAGUUAUGCUCAAUAUUCUUGUGGCAGGUCCAUCAAGUGGUGGAUCUAUGAAUCCUGUGAGGACACUAGGCCCAGCAAUUGCAGCAGGAAAUUAUAAGGCUGUGUGGUUAUACAUGGUAGCACCAACUCUGGGAGCUCUUGGAGGAGCAGGAAUCUACAAGUUAGUACAGCUAGAAGAGCGUGAGGAUGAGCCGCCACGCCCGAUCAGAAGCUUCCGUCGCUAGCUUGACCGUAGUUUGUCGUGGGUGCACCUUUACAAGGUGCCCUCUGGCUGUGUCAAUACUACUUCCUAGAAAAGGAAAAGUCCAAAAAUGAGGUUAAGACUAGUGGUUACAUGAAAAAAAUCACCAAGUAUAUGAUGACAAAGCUAGCUAUGUCUGAACUUGGUGUGAUUGUUUACUUUUGUCUUUAGGCUUUGAUGUUCUCCUUUCAUCUGUAUGUGAAAUAUGGCUUGUUUUGUAACUAUGGUGUCUGUUGUACAUUUAAGGUAACAUAUAUGAUGAUAUGAACUUCUAUUUGUA